AUGGGAUCCAUCGAACCUCCGUCGCCGCCGCCGCAAUUCCUCGUCAUUGGGGCUGGGUCUCGAGGCCAUGCCUACGCUCGCGCGGUGGAAGCCUCCACUUCCGGCCAGAUCGCAGCAGUAGCAGAGAUUGACCCCUUCAAGCGUCAAGAGUUCGGACGACGGUAUAUCUGGGGAAGAGACGGCCAGCCCACGGACGGCCAAUCUUUUGGCGGUUGGCAAGAAUGGGUGGCAUGGGAGACUCAACGAAGAGAGCGAGCAGACGGGACAGGCCCUGAAGCUGGAUAUAUACCCAUCACUGGUAUUUUCAUAUGCACGCUAGACGAGAGCCAUGCUCCCAUCAUUCGAGCCAUUGCGCCGCUCAAUCUGCAUAUCCUGUGCGAGAAGCCGCUGGCAAUAUCACUAUCGGACUGUCUCUCCAUCCCCACAGCCUUGUCGAAGUAUCCGCCGAAAGUGGUGUCAAUCGGACACGUGUUGCACUACUCGCCUCACAACAUUCUGCUCCGCAAGCUCCUGACGUCGGAUCAGGCCAUUGGCGAGAUUGUCUCGAUUGAGCACACAGAGCCGAUCGGCUGGUGGCACUUCUCGCACUCCUACGUCCGUGGAAACUGGCGGCGACUGACCCCUGAGGGUGUCGGCUCUUUACUCACAAAGUCUGGUCACGAUAUCGAUUUCAUCCUAUGGCUUCUCUGCUCACCGAGCGCUCUGACUGGCGAGACGCCUCAUCUGCCGUCCACAAUCUCAAGCAACGGAGCUAUCACACACUUCCGCCGAGCGAGGAAGCCGAAAACUGCAGGAGCUGCAACGAAUUGCCUGUCUUGCCCUGCCGAACCGGACUGCAUAUAUUCCGCCAAGAAAAUCUACCGCGACAAAUGGCUUCGGAAAGAGAAGGACACCGGCUGGCCGCUCAAGAUCGUGGUGCCCGAGAUUGAAGAUAUUGUCUCAGCGAAGGGUUGGGACGCAGGUGAAAAACGGUUAAUGCAGAGUCUCGUGGAGGACUACGACAAAGAUAUUACCCCAGAUGAUGUCAUUGCAAGCAGAAGUUGGUACGGCCGCUGCGUGUACGAGUCAGACAACAGUGUUGUUGAUGACCAGGUGGUGACAAUGGACUGGGAAGAAGAUCCUCUCCCUGGCCAAGAACUUGGUCGUGGCCCAAAGAGGGCCUUGUUCCACAUGACUUACCCAACACAGUCACAGUGUGAGCGUCGCGGCAGAAUCUACGGCACAUUAGGAGAAAUUACCUAUGACUCUCACAUCAUCACCGUCCACACAUUCGCCGGUGGCAAGACCAUGGUGCACGAUAUCCCCCAGCAAGCUCCAGAAGUCGAGAAGAGCCAUGGUGGCGGCGACUGGGGUCUGGCUGGGGCCUUUGUUCAAGCUGUACACAACGUUGAUGCUGGAACAAUGGACGUCGCUCAAGCACAGAGAGAAUUGGUGGGAUGUGAUCUUGAAGAGAUUAUCCUGAGCCACGCUGUUGUGUUUGCCGCCGAAGAGGCCAGAAGAGAGAAGAAGGUUGUCAACUGGGCGGAGUGGUGGAAGCGGAACGGAACAGAGGCCAGCUGA